GUUUCCAUCAGCUGAUGGCUUGAGAUCUCAUGUUGUGUAUCUGAAAUAAUGCACACAAAAAUAUUUAGUUUUCGAUAACUUUUCCAAAUUCAGGCUAAUGAAUAAAAGAACGACAUUUAUAUUAACCAGAUUGUAAAAAAGUAUAUUUGACAUUCCUCAAAAUGAGUUCGCCAUCAGUAAAAAAUAGUGAUUCCACCAACAAACAACGAAAAUCUACAAAAAACUCAACAAUGAAGUCUACUAAUUUGGAUACCAGGGCAGAACUUGCAGACCUUAUCAAGAAAAAGGCGGAAACUUCUGAACAACUAGCCAACUUGGAGAGACAAAUUUAUGCUUUCGAAGGAUCGUAUUUGGAAGACACUCAACUUUGCGGUAAUAUUAUUAGAGGUUGGGAGCGGUACUUAACAUCGAAUAAGGCCACUAACUCAAAAGCAGACAAAAGAAACAGAAAAUUCAAAGAAGCCGAACGUUUAUUUUCGAAAUCCUCCAUAACUUCAAUGGCCAUAUGCAAUCCUGAACGAGCUAGCGAAUCCGAUUCUGUAACUAAUGAAGAUUCAAGUGAUAAUCAGAUAGCAUUGAACCAAAAUACAACCACAGCUCAUGAUGGUGCCACCUCUAUUAAAAGUACCGGUAAGGACGACAAAGCUGAUCGUGCAUCUACACCGCAAAGAGAAACCAACAAGGAGCCGGGAACACCAAGUGGGACUUCCACAAAAAGUAAACUUACGUCUACAUCUAGUGUAACGGCCAAAAAAGGUGGUCAUGUUAAUAAAAAAAUUCGGCAUCGAUGAUUUAUUUGUAGAUCAUCUUUCAACAUAUUCAACUAGUUUUUAGUAUCAAUUUUAAACUUACUUUCAUGUUUUACGUUGUUUUUAGAGUUCACAACCCAUUUGCAACAAGUCUCAUUUCAUUUUAAUUUAAAUUGACGUAGAUACUUACAUUUAAAUUAAGGUCCUCGAAUUAUUUCGCACACAAAUAAAGAUACAUGAAUUAAGAUUCUCAAGUCUUUAGUUACAAAACAAAAAAGUAUAUAACUAGGCAGAUUACCAAGAGGGUAACAAACAUCCCACCGAACAUAAUAUAUUUGUCUUCAACAAAACGCCUUUCGAUCAAUUUCAUAGUAUGAUUGGACAAUCCUAAAGUACUACCAAUUGUCAUAAGCCGUUUUUGAGCUCCUUUAAGAGUGGUUCGCUGAUUAACCAAACUGGAUAAGAUGUUGCUGCCGGUUGAUAUCAUUUCGUCAACACCUUGAUGGGCAUUGCCCAGUUGUUGGUUAUGUUGCAGCGCAUAAUCAAGGUCCAAACAUGUCUCUGUAUUGUUUGCUGUGAAUCGGUGACUUAGAAGCUGUUCCCUUUCAGAUAAUUCCUGUUGCUUCUUUUGUCGCUUUUCCCUAUACAUUUGAAGACUACUUUGCAAAUGUCUGACAUCGUAUUUCAAUUGGUCCACUCUCAUCUUUGAAGAUGGUCUUUGUGAAGCCGGAACCUUAUAAAGUAGUACAUCUAAUCGAUCACAGUUACUGUAAUGUAUUAAGAAAAUAGUAAAUGUGUACAAUCAUAGUAAAUGUAGUAAUACGAACGUGUUGGCUUGUGUUAUUUUCAUUUGUAUUUCAUUCUCGAUAUCAUAGCUGUUGGGCUGGCCUGCCGUCUGAACCAACCUUUGAAAGCUUUGCUCUAUUUCUUUCAAAAGAUGAUUUGUUUGAUGAUACAGUGCUUCCAUUUGGAAUUGAUGGCUUCAUGCAGACUAUAAUCUAAACAUACAAA